AUGACACAUCAAAAAGCUGAUAUCGUUUCGAUUGUGAUUCGUCCAAUUUAUAAUGAACACAACGUGAUUUCUGAUGCAUUAUUUGGUUGUCAACCAAUUAAAACUGAGCAUUCAUACAGCCUCAAUUCAAAUGGCGACUCAAUUCCAGAUUCCCCGCGUAGUCUCCAGAAUAAGAUCGAUGAAAUGGAUGACGAUUAUGAAAUUACGAUAAAUUCAAAUAUACUAUCGACCAAAACGUCCGCAAUAAAACACAUCAACAACAACGACAUCAAUCUUGUCAAUCACAAUAAGGUGAAUUCAUCUUUGAAAGGUAUUAAGAACGCAUUAAUUUUUCCGUCGAGCAGCAAACAACAAGGCAACGAUGCAAACUUUAUCUUAUCAACCAGCAGCAGUAACAUGAUUAAUUUUAACACUGAGACCAAUAGCAGUGAAGAGCUUCAAGCACGAUUGGCAUUUACCUCUCCAAAACUGAUAAACAAUCGCGGUGGAAUUGGAAAUGCGAUCGCAGUUGAUUGUUUUGAAACUGAUACAGUUGACGAUUCAACGAUUAAAGAGGAACCAUUAUCGCCCGGUUCAAGUUGCCCACCCAGUCCAAAUGCAUCAACCUCUUCAAGCGAAAGCAUUCUUGUCACACAAUCAACACCACAAAAUGCUGUGAAAUCACAAUUUGGCAUGAUUAACGUAAAUUUGGCCAAUGUUGCAACAUACACGAAUGCCGAUCUUGUAUUCGAACAUAAUAAGAAUGGUUCGUUGCAAUUGUCGCCAGCCUCACACAGUCUAUUGAAAAAUCAGCAAAUCAUCUUAAAUGGCACCCAACAACGGAUUGUUGUACCAACAAUGACCAUUCGAAUGGAUGGCCAACAAACACAAGGAUUUGGUUUGCCGCCAACACCGCCAUCAUCACUUUCGAGUGAUGACUCGGAAGAUAAUCAAAGUGCUGAAAUACACACAAUACCUUCAUCACCAGCCUCAAGUCUAUCCUCAUAUUCUCCGAACAGUUCACAGGCGCAAGCGUCGCAACAACAAACCAUUACAACGAAAAAUAUUAGUCAAUCCGGUAACAGUGUAUCACCAAACAGUUCACGUGCUUAUAGCACAUCUAACUCACGUCAACCAAUUCAUACACCGCUAAUCAGUAACCAACUGAAAGGGUCAACGGGUCAACUUGAAUUAACCGAAGAAGAGAAGCGAACAUUAAUCGCCGAAGGUUAUCCCAUUCCGACCAGAUUACCAUUAACAAAAUCUGAAGAGAAAUCGCUCAAGAAAAUCCGAAGGAAAAUUAAAAAUAGGCUUGUGGCACACAGCACACAGUAA